AUGGCACAAACAGGAGAACUAGUCUACACAGUACUGGAGGUGCUGAUUGCUGUGGCAUGUUGCCUUGGCAACCUGCUGGUGAUCUGGGCAGUGUGGACGUGUGGUGCCAUGCGACGGCAGCCCACCUUCCGCCUCAUCGCCUCUCUGGCCGCAGCCGACUUUCUGGUGGGGGCGGUGGCCAUGCCGUUGCGAGUUCUAGCGGACAGUAGGGUCCAGAUGUCUUUCUAUGGCUGCCUCACCCUCUGCUGUGGGGUGAUAUUCCUAACUCAGGUGUCGGUGUUCUCCCAGCUGGCACUGGCGUUUGAUCGUUUCCUGCGUGUAAUCAUCCCCUUCAGGUACAAAACCACGGUUACCCUUCAUCGCUGCUGGUGGGUGGUGGCUGCAUGCUGGCUAAUGGCUGCUACAGUUGGCUUCACUCCCCUCAUGGGCUGGAACAACCACACCAGCAUGUCUCAGAGCAACCGGUCCGAGUGCCAGUUCCUGAACGUCAUGUCCAUGUCCUUCCUGGUCUACUUCAGCUUGUACACCUGCUUCCUCCUCCCCAUGCUAAUCAUGACCAUAGUCUACUGCUGCAUCUUCAUCCUUAUCCAGCGCCAGCUGAGAAGCAGCAGCACCGUAGUGUCCCACUCCUACUACCACAAGGAGCGGAACCUGGCCCGCUCCCUCGUUCUGGUGUUGGUGUUGUUCGCCGUCUGCUGGCUCCCGAUCCAGUUAAUGAACAUGGCUACUUUUUACGGGACAAAGUUCACAGUUCCCCGCCCGGCCCUUUAUGUGGGCAUCCUACUCUCUCAGGCAAACUCAGCCAUUAACCCUGUUUUAUACGCCCUCAAGAUCCAGCAUAUACAAGCUGCCUCGAAGAAGAUAUGGAGGAGGUUCUUUCGGUGCAAAGAUGAACCACAAAGCAGCCAGACAUCAGGAAGUGAUAACAGCAGCAACCCCAGGAAAACUAGAGAUGAAAAGUAUACUAAAAGUGUUGAAACAACAGAGCAAGGCCUAUAAUUUGUUUUAUUGUUUAAUAUUUUUCAAAUCUGAUUAUUUUGAUGUAUAUAGAAUAAUGUAUAGUUUGGAACUCUCGCACACAUUAGCUACAUAGAUGCAAUCAUAAAAAUCCAUAGAUAAGCACCUCAUUCUUUUUUUUACGAUGAACAAUUUUGAUUGGUCAGCAGACAAGUGCCAAAGAUAACAAGGUCAAACUAUUUACUACAGGGAAAGUAAGCUCAUGAAAUCAUAUGUUAGUAAAACAAGCAUCCUACCGGUUUUUUCCCUUCCAUUACUGAGACUAUUGUUCCAGUACAAUAUUGGAAAAAGUCAUUUUUUUAUUCGAAGAAGGGAUUUUGCUUAAUUAAUUCUGGCUGU